GAACUUUGCAAUGGCGGAAGAUGUGAAAGAUGAAGUGGUUGAAAUUCCUACAAAAAGGUUAAAACUUGACACGGAAGAAAUAGAUUGUGAUCCUGAACAAGCUUGUUCUUCUAACAAUAAUUGUGCUAUAGAUAAACCAACAGGGAAUGAGGAUAUGCCAUCAACUUCAAGUGAGAGUGGAUCUCAUAAAGUAAUCGAGCCAGUGGAGUUACUAGACUGCCUUGAAGAGGGUGAUAAAACUAAUGAUGAGGACUCUGACAGUGAUAUAAGUGAUAUAUCAGGCUUGAGUGAGAGAGCAUGGAAAUCAUCACCAGGUACCAUGGCCUGGAUACAACGCCAGAUGAUGGAUGGUCAGAAUCCGAGAGUUAUUUUACGGGAUCUUAUUUCCAAAGAUGUUGAAAUUGAUCACAUGGAUGACUUUUCUCUGUGGGAGAUAAUAAUACACCUGAUGUCUGAGCCACCCAAGAGGAAUCGCCUGGAGGAGUAUCAAACCCUGGAUCAUGCUUUAAACCUCAUUAAAUCUUGUCAGAAGAUUGUAGUGCUUACAGGAGCAGGGGUAUCUGUAUCCUGUGGUAUCCCAGACUUCAGGUCCCGCGAUGGUAUCUACGCUAGAUUAGCUGUGGAUUUUCCAAACCUACCAGACCCUCAAGCAAUGUUUGAUAUAAACUUCUUCAGAAAUGACCAGAGACCAUUUUUCAAAUUUGCAAAGGAAAUAUACCCUGGUCAGUUUGAACCAUCAAAGUCACACAAAUUUAUUCGACUAUUAGAGAGACAUGGACAGUUACUCCGAAAUUACACACAGAACAUCGAUACAUUAGAACAGGUUGCUGGAAUCCAGAAUGUGAUACAAUGUCAUGGCUCUUUUGCAAAAGCGACUUGUAUGGCUUGUAAGCACAAAGUUGAUGCAGAUGAUGUCAGAGAGGAUAUUUUUAAACAGGUCAUACCAAAAUGCCCAGUCUGCCCUGAAGGAACAGAGCUUGCCAUAAUGAAGCCAGACAUUGUAUUUUUCGGGGAGAGUUUACCAGAAGAGUUCCACCAGCAGAUGGCAGAAGACAAGGAAAAUUGUGACCUCCUCAUAGUGAUUGGUUCUUCUCUCAAAGUCCGACCUGUUGCCCUCAUUCCUAAUUCUCUACCUCAAAAAGUGCCUCAAAUUCUAAUCAACAGAGAACCAUUAAAGCAUUUGAACUUUGACAUUGAGCUGUUAGGUGAUUGCGAUGUCAUUAUCAGUGAGCUUUGCAAGAGACUGGAGGAAGGAUUCCAGGUGUUAGCAGAUUCUUCUCCAGUCAUGACUGAGAUCACCAGAGAUCAGUUACGCACACCUACACCUUCUCCUGUCCCCUCACCACAGAACACUGACAGGGAAUCUACAGCAGAAGACAAAACAGACAAGGAUAGAGAAGAUUCUAAUGAAGCACAGAAUAAAACAGAGGAAAAUGAUGUUCAAGGUCAAAUUGAUACAGGUCAAGGUCAGAUCUGUAAGGCUGCAGAAGGUAAAGAGGGUGAGCAAGAAAAUGAAGCUACAACUAGCAGUGAAAAGCCUGAAAGUUCAACAUGUGAGGAUUGUCCAACUGUGGCAUCUGCAGAGACUGCUUCAGAAGGCAUUGACCCGGAUCUAAACAAUGGAGAAUCUUCCUUACAAGAAUCUGCAGAUAAAGGAGAAGAGGUUGUGACUUGUGAUUCUACAACAGAUGAUUUGAGGGCUAUGUGGCAACCAAAGAAAGUUAGUCUUGCCAAGUACUUAGAAGAUGGUCAGUAUUUGUACCUACCUCCCAACAGGUACGCAUUCCCAGGUGCUGAGAUCUACUCUGAGGAGGAGAGUGAGGACGAGGACCACUUCAGGAACAGCAUCAGUAUAUCUGAUAGUUCUAGCUGCUCAUCCAUCACCAGUCAAGAUAGCCUCGAACAAAUCGGGGAGGAGGAUGAGAGCAGAGAACAGAGUCAGGAUUUAGAGAUCAGUAUAGCAGAAGACAUUGACGAAACCACACAGGAGGAUGGAGUUUCUAGUUCUGACAGGAGCAAUCGCAGAAAAAAUAUCUCUGAGAAUGCACAGAAUGUGCUUGAAAACAAGAGUUCUUGUGAUUUGGAUAUAGGACAAGGGGAAAGAACUCAAUCUCAUGUUCAAGUGACAGAUGAUGCAGUGGUGGAUAGCCAGUCAUGUGUUGAUAAAUCUGACAGUUAUGUAAAAGAGAAAGAUUCUUUGCAACCUGAGAAUAUAUUACAAAGUUCACCAUCUAAGGAUAGUGGUGUUUUAUUACCAGAUUCCUCUAACGGCAGCAUGUAAAUUGUCCAUGACAGCCAGCAUGGCUUGUAUAAAUUCUUUUAUUGACUGCAGAUCAAAGUUGAAACCUUUUGUAGCAUUAUUUGUUUUCUUACUGAAUAAAACGUAGAAAUAGGUCAUUAAAA